AGGGAGGCAGGCGGGCGGGCGGGGGCCCCGGGCCGGCGGGGGGCGCCCCGGGCCCGCUCGGCGCCGCGCCAUGGCCCAGCAGCAGGUGAGCAGCUCGCAGAAGGCGCUGAUGCUGGAGCUGAAGUCGCUGCAGGAGGAGCCGGUGGAGGGCUUCCGCAUCACCCUGGUGGACGAGUCCGACCUCUACAACUGGGAGGUGGCGAUCUUCGGGCCCCCCAACACCCUCUACGAGGGCGGCUACUUCAAGGAGUCUGGGUCUUCAUUUGUCAAGGGUUUGAAGGAAGAGGCUCACAUUAAAUUUCCUAUCGACUAUCCAUAUUCACCGCCUACCUUCAGAUUCCUGACCAAAAUGUGGCACCCCAACAUUUAUGAGAAUGGAGAUGUAUGUAUUUCAAUUCUUCACCCACCUGUAGAUGACCCACAAAGUGGAGAACUGCCAUCCGAAAGGUGGAACCCCACCCAGAAUGUCAGGACUAUCCUACUGAGUGUAAUCUCCUUGCUUAAUGAGCCCAACACCUUUUCUCCAGCCAACGUGGAUGCAUCAGUCAUGUUCAGGAAAUGGAGGGACAGUAAAGGAAAAGACAAAGAGUAUGCUGAAAUUAUUAGGAAACAGGUUUUGGCUACCAAGGCUGAGGCAGAAAAGGAUGGUGUGAAGGUCCCCACUACACUGGCAGAGUACUGCAUCAAAACUAAAGUGCCUUCCAAUGACAACAGUUCAGAUUUGCUUUAUGACGACUUGUACGAUGACGACAUUGACGAUGAAGACGAGGAGGAGGAAGAUGCCGAGUGUUACGAUGAUGAUGAUUCUGGCAAUGAAGAGUCGUGACCUGCUCCCUACAUGCCCCUGUACUGCCCUGCCGAUUCAGGCCAAAAGGGAGCAGUGGUAACCUAGCAACAGUCCAGCAAAAAAUACACCGGGGGAAAUCAACAACAAACUCUUGUCUCCUGAUCUAUGGAUCUCUGUUUGCUCUUUUUUAUGGACCUCUUAUAUAUAGAGAGAAAGAGAGACCCUUCACAGAAUGUCUGAAUUCUUGCAUUCUUAACCCUUUCAUCACUGUAUUAUGAUUUCUUUUUUAAGAAAGAAACUCCCCCUCGCGUCUCUACGAAAUGUUCACAGUGAAACAGGUUUGGUCUGUGUUUAAAUACUUUAAUUAAACACAGUCUUGCAUCGAGAUGUUUAAUGUAUUUAAAGCUGGAAUGAACCCAUUGGAAGUUGAGUCCUUGGGAGUUCACAAGUGCUGCAUUUACUGGGAAGAAAAAACAAAAAAAACCACACAAAAAAGCAAAUUGCCAAGGUUUAGCUGCUCCAUUUACAAUAAUAGCGUGUGCACAUUUGUGUAGCUUUGUGGUGGUGGUUUUUUCCUUUUUUUCAAGGCUUGGGGUGGAGAGUGUAAGCUACUGUGUUGAGCUUGAUGGAAUGUGUUACUGAAAGGUACAGUAUUCCUUUUCAGCCUGUUCUAGUUAGGAAGUAGCCCCUGGAGCCUUGCGCCCAGAGGGCAGAAUCAGCUGCCUUUUUACAAAGUGUAUGAUACGAACCCUAAAAUAAACACUUAACACUUCACAUCUGUA